UGCUGUCAGUUCACGUUAUGUUGCUACCCAGGCCAAUACUUGUUUUUCCGCAUCUUGAUUGUUAUAUAUAGCACAACAUUCGCAGGUUCGCACAAACUUCCACAACAUCAUAUCGUCGUUUGUUCUUAGAGUUGCAGUUCUGUUGAGCGAACCACUGUGUGCCUCAAGGGAAUUGAUCAUUUAGCGACGCUUAUCCGACUUGACAAGCCCAAGUGUUUUUACCUCUUCGUAAUUCGUUGUGAGUUCGUGGGUUUUUUUGUCCUUCUUUGGACGAAAUGGUUGUUCAAAGGAUGCAAUCCCGUCUUCUAUCAUUUGACGUAAAUAGAUAUUCUACUCCGCUAUUGAGACAACUUCAGGAGAAGGCUAGAAAACGAACAUCAAUGCAAGCGUUCACUGAAACAGCGGCAGAUGCCCUAGAUGAACUAGAUCUUGGACCAAAAGCAAAGCGGGUUGUACGGAGACCGCCACCUCUGCUUACUAUUUAUGUUCGCCAAGAAACUGAAAAAGCAUAUAAUGCUGUAUUUAUGGAAGAACUUACUGUGGAAAGCUUCAAAGAAGCAGUUUCAUUAAGAUACGGGACGCCAUUCAAGUCAGUGAGAAAAAUCGAGAUUCAAACGGAUUCAGGUUCCAUUGAAAAAGUAGAUGACAAUACCAUCCAUGGUUUUGAUGAAGAGGACACUUUCACAAUAGUAUUAAACUAUAACAAAGUGGAGGGAACCUGUGAUAUCCUUCUAAGCAGUGUCAGAUGAUGAUGGGAGCCAAUUUGGAAUGGAAGAUUUCCUUAUUUGGGCUUAUCCGAAUACUAUCAUGUAGUGCCAGUCCAGAUAUGCCUGCCAAGACAGAAAACAGGAUACCAAGCUGUUUAAUUCUCAAGCAAAAGACCAGUUCAUGCUUUGAGACACUGCGCAAAGUAAAACGAUGUGGGUGCAAAGCCACUUUGAAUUUGGUUCAAUACUGUUGACAAGAUGGCAAUGAAAAAAGGUUUUAAUCUAGUGACUUUUAUUUGGUAGAAGAUAUAUAUUUAUUUGAAAUCACAUUAAUUUUUAAAGAAUAUCCUGACUGUAGGGUUACUCCAGUAUUUGCUUCAAGUUAAAAAUGGCAUUUAAAAAAAAAACCUUUGCCAUUUUGGUUUGUCAGUUUGUAUCAGACAUCAAGUUUUGUAGAAAAAAAUGUCAGGAUUGAUCUUGAUCAUAAAAGACACAAAUAAUUGAAUAUGCUUUCAAAAUAUAUAGUUUUGUACUAAAAAAAAUGUAAAAAAAUAAA